AAGCCAGCUUAAUCUAUAAAGUGGGUUUCAGGACAGCAGGGAUGUUAUGUUAUAAUUGAAAUAACUUAUCUUUGGGUUAUUGAGAUGAUCUUGCUCUGUAGCCCUGGGUAGCCUGGAUCAUAUAACCUCCUGCCUCAGUCUGCUGAGUACUGUGAUUAUAAGUGUAUAGACCACCACAUCACACUCUACUUCACAGUUGUGUGUGUGCAUGUGUACCUGUGCAGUGUCUCUCCCAGGGAGACAGGUGGAUCUCUACAUAGCAAGUUCCAGAACAGCCAGGACUACAUUAGAGUGAUCCUAUCUCAAAAAAAAAAGAAAAAAAACCAAACCCAACAAAAUAAACAAGAAACAUUUACUGUGAAAUAAUAGACAUGGCAUGUAAUGUUGGAAAAUUACAGCCUGCUCUGGAAGUUUUCCAGUUGGCAUGAUAACCUCAGAGAUAUUCUGUCCAGGCUCCCCUUAGAGGAAGGAGCUGACACACAACUGGACUGUAGUUAUUAGCUUCUUCAGGCCCUCAACAUUGGUUAGCAGCCACACCCAUCCAUUAGGAGAUGGGCUCGGGGCUGGACAACUCUGGUUUGGUUUGGUUUGGUUUGGUUUGGUUUGGUUUGGUUUGGUUUGGUUUGGUUUGGUUUGGUGUGUUUUUCAAGACAGGGUUUCUCUGUGUAGCCCUGGCUAUCCUGGAACUCACUCUGUAAACCAGGCUGGCCUGGAACCCUGAGUUUGGCCAGGGUUCCAGUCUUCUGUCUUCCAGUGCUGGGACUAAAGAUAUGCACCACCAUACACAGUUAGCUCCUGAUUUUUGGCUUUAGAACUUUCUGCUAGGUAGGCUCUCAAGUGGUCAAACCAGUAACGUGUUUUACCUUCAUUGAUUCCUGUGUCUACCAUUCCUGAGGAAUAAGCCGUCCAGGUCAGUGUCUGGUUUCAGAAAACUGAACCAUGGGUGCCCUUGGAUCAUUUCACUACAUAUUUAUUUUAUAAGAGAAAGCACAUGUCUAGGUAUUUGUGUGUGUGUGUGUGUGUGUGUGUGUGUGUGUGUGUGCGCGCGCUGAGAACUGAUCCAAGGGUACGUUAUUUAUCUUUUGUUUUGUUUUUCAGACAGGGCUUCUCUUUGUAGCCCUGUCUAUCCUGGAACUCACUCUGUGGACCAGGCUGGUCUCACACUCAGAGAUCCGCCUGUCUCUGCCCACUGCUCCGAGUGCUGGGAUUAAAAGGGUACACACAUACCUUCCCCCCAGCUGCUUUAUUCUUUUUAAACUAAACAGUAACAUGCAUAAUCUCUUAACUAUAAAUCUUUCUUUUCUGCUUACAAAUAGUGUUUCUUUUAAUUAAACUGGUACAAUAUCCGUUGAAACCCGUAUCCCAAGUCAAAAUGCACAAAUAACAUUAAAAGGGCAGAGCAUUCUAUUGUAGACACUUCAGCAUGAAUAAUGGUUUAAACUGAUAAUGAAAGUUAGGACUUACCUGGAAUCUUCUGACAAGGUGUACAUAUCGAGAGGGGAUGGGGAGUAUGUGCAUGUGAGCAUGGUGCCUCAAAAGUCCAGAAGAGGACAUUAGAUCUGCAGAGCUGGAGUUGUGAGCCACUCAGAUCCUCUGCAAGGACAGUCUAUGUUCUUAGUUGUCAAGCCCAGCCCCCUUCAAAUGCUUUCUUGCCCUCUGACCCUUCACUUGAGGUUAGAGCAUCUUAAAACCGUCAGAGAAGCUGUACUUGAUUGAUGAUGAACACAGAAACCCAUAACUGGCCAAGAUUGAGAGACGUUGGAAUUGUUCAGCCCAGAAUUGAACAUAUACAUGACACCCCUCCACCAAAGGCUGGGGGAUCACUGCAGAAGAGGACAUGGAGUCAGGGAUGGUGGAUGAUUACAGGGAAGCAGUAUCUUUUGGACACAACAGCGCAGCUACACAUACGAACCUGUGACAGCACACACAAGAUUGAUGCAAGCCCAAAUCCCAACGUGGAGAGGGGAGCUGGACAUACAUGAAACCUACUUCUAGAAAGGGGUAUGUGCAUAUUCAUCAUCAUCUACCGCAAAGCCCCCCAUUUUGAGAGUAUGAAGAAGGUGCCAUAGCCGGGAUAAAGUUUGUUCCUUCUGAAACUUGUGGUAAAUGUAAUCUCCUUAAGAAGAGCUGGGACCAGGGACUCAAGAAGUGACUAUGAGUCUGGGUAGUGAUAAAUAUUUAAUAAAUCCUGUUCUGGGGUUCGUUUCCACCUAAGACCAUGUGUUCCUGGAUGAAAGACACACACACAGUCUUAUUUUUUAAAUAUGUCUUAGGCAGCACAAUAGCUGGACAACUGCCUACCCUCCAUGUUGUUAGAAUCUACCUUCCCAUUGAUAAUCCCAAGCCAUCACUCACAAUUUACUGUUCCAUCUGGGCUGCUCUCAGCUCCAGCCAAGCAGCCCUCUGGCCCCUAGUCUAUGGCAGCUCUUCUCCCUCCUGCUAGUUCUUCCUUUUCCAUAGCGGCUCCCUUCUCUUCCUCCUGGUCCCAAGCCCAGGGAACCUAAACCCUCACCUAUGUCUCUUCUUCCCAGUUAUUGGCUGCUGGCAUCUUUGUUUACCAAUCAGAAUUAACUUGGGACAGAGUCCCUCAGUGUCGUAUGUGCAGACAAACAGUUUGGGGGGACCCAAAUUAUCAUUAGAAACCACUACAGGUCUGUCCUCAGGUACAGACAAAUCCAUUCAUGAAGUUACUAGGUAAAUAUGUUGCCUUCUGGGUAGGUCUGCUAUAAAAGAAGCGAGGGAGGGCCUGUGAGAUGGCUCACUAGAUAGGAUAAAGGUGCUUGCCAUGUCACCAAGGCUACCUAAGUUCCAAAGGAAGGUCCCACAUGAUGGAGGGAAAAACCUGACUCCUGCAAGUUACCCUCUGACCUCCACAUAAGGGAGCAAAAGUACACACACAUUAAAUACUUGUCUUUUAAAAGGUGGGUAGGUGUUGGAGCUAAAGCUCAGUGGUAGAGCACUUGCUUAGCGUGUGUGAGGCCCUGGGUCUGAUCCUCUACAUCUAGGAGAGAAAAAAAAUAUUCCAGCUGGCCUAGGCCCCCUCACUACUUCCUGGAUCUCAUCUUAGGAUGCUUUGUGCCACUUCUGUGGACUAGAACUAAAAAAAGAAAAAAAGGGGGGGGGCUGGAAAGAUGGCUCAGCAGUUAAGAGCACUCACUGACUGUUCUUCCAGAGGUCCUGAGUUCAAAUCCCAGCAAACACAUGGUGGUUUACAACCAUCCAUAAUGAGAUCUGACACCCUCUUCUGGUGGGUCUGAAGACAGUUACAGUGUACUUAGAUAUAAUAAUAAAUACAUCUUUUAAAAACUUUUUGUUUUCUAGUGUUUGGUGUUUGUUUGUUUGUUUGUUUGUUUGGUAUUUCAAGACAAGAUUUUUCUGUGCUUAAGAAAACAAUUUUUACUUUACUGCUAUGGUUUGGAUGGUUUGAAUGUGUUCCUCAAAGUUUCCUGUGGUGGAUGCUUGGUCCUCCGUGUGGCAAGAAGUAAGUUGAAUUGAGAGACUGUGAUACGGGUUCUUUCAAAAGUGAGUUGUUAUACAGUCGUAACACUGGUCCCUUCUCAGUCUCUGGUUUCUUUGCCCUGUGAUCUCUUUCUGUCCCAUAGUCCCUUGUGAAGCCUUUUUUCAUGAGCUCCUUGUCAGAGCUGGUGCUUUGCUGUUUGGGGUGUCAGCCUCCAAAACUGUGAGCUGCAUAAAUCUCAUUUCUUUAUAAGGUGCCAAGCCUGGGGCAUUUUGUUCUAGCAAUGGAAAAUGGACUUACUGAGUCUGUGGUAUUCUUUUUUUAGGAAAAGAAAAUGGACUAGAGACAUUGCUUUCAGAUUCCUGACCUGUCUCAAAGCUGAAGGUUUUUAGGGCUUCUACCUGUUUGUCAAGAUGAGUUCCAGAGGGCUGGCUGGAGAUACGGCUCAGUGGUUAAGAGCACUGGCUAGUCUUCCAGAGGACUCAGGUUUGAUUCCUAGUACCUACAUUGUGGCUCAUAGCUAUCUGUAAUUGCAGUUUCAGAUCGACACCCUGGUCUGGCCUCUGCAGGCACUAGGUGCACUCGUGGUGCACAUAUAUGCAGGCAAAACACCCAUACACAUAAAAGUAAAAUCAGAGGGGGGAGGGGAGGAGGAGGAAGAAGAGAGGAGAGAGAGACAGAGACAGAGAGGGAGAGGUGAGAGAAGUGAGAGAGGUGAGAGGAGUUGUUUCAGGGGCAGGCGAUGAAAUUGACAGCAACAUCCCCAAACCUGAACACACACUUAGGUAUGGGGUCACACAUAUUGUUUACCAUGGCUUUGUAAUGCUUUCUUGAGCAAAAGUUGACUAUCAUUUUUCACCUAAACAAUCCGAGGAAAAAAAAAAGCCCGAGGCAAACUGGUAGUUGACUGGUGUGAUGAAGCGCCUCCUUAGAAAGGAGGUUCUGAGCCUCCCUCAGAAGUCUAGAGACCCCCAGAAGGCGCAGGUUCCAGUCAGACCCUAUCCCUUAGGUGGGUUGUCUAGCAGUUUGCGGUCUGGAUUUGAAAGGCAGCUCCCGGAGUUUUUGUCUCCAGUGUCUGCACCGCCUCAGCGACUCCCGGGGCCGGAGUUCAAGAUCCGCCUCUUAGAGGGUGGCUUCAGGUCAGGGCGUGGCGGGCUCUAGCUAGCCGCGGGCGCCGAGCCGAGCGGAGCCGAGCCCGCCGCCCGUUCCUAAGCAGCCGCGGCCUCCUCCCCACACCCCUGCUCGCCAACUCGCUCCAGUGACUGCAGACUCGCCCCGGUGCCUGGCGCCGCGUCCCGGGGUGCGCACUCCUUUUCUCGGCGGAGGGAGCAGGACUGGGGCGCAUCGUCCUACAAGACGCGCUGACGUCGCACAGGGCCGGUAGUCGGCGCGGAGCGGCCGGCGCGCGCGCGUGCGUUGGGCGCUCCCGCGAAGCAGGCAGAAGCCGCCACCGCGGCUGUGCGGGUUCCAGGGCGGCGGCCGCUACACAGCAGCGCCGCGGGCGCAACAAGCGGAGGCAGCCGCACCUGCGGGGAUGGCGCGGCCCCGGCCCUGCACCGCUGUCAGGCGCGCGGGUAGCUCCGGGUACGCCCAGUGACGGCGGCGGUGCCCUCGGCCGGGCAGUGCCCAGGCCGCUUGGCUAGAGCCCCGCGGCCGACGGCGGCCCGGGCCAUGAGAAGCGACCGGGCCCAGGCCUCGCUGACCCCGGCUCCGCGCGGCGGCCCGUCCCGUUUCCGCUCCGGCCUCUCGGCAUGAGUGUCCAUCCGGGCCCGGGGCCGUGGCUGCCCCUGUCCCGCCGCCCGCGGGCGUGCUUGGGGCCCUCGGGCCCGCGGUGCUGAUCCCGGUUCUCCGCCACGCCUGCCCACCCUAGCGCUCUAUGUCCCGGGGGCGCGGCCAUGGAGGUGGUGGGCGACUUCGAGUACUGCAAGCGGGACCUCGUGGGACACGGGGCCUUCGCUGUGGUCUUCCGGGGGCGGCACCGCCAGAAAACUGAUUGGGAGGUGGCUAUUAAAAGUAUUAAUAAAAAGAACUUGUCAAAAUCACAAAUUCUGCUUGGAAAGGAAAUAAAAAUCUUAAAGGAGCUUCAGCAUGAAAACAUCGUAGCGCUCUAUGAUGUUCAGGAAUUGCCCAACUCUGUCUUUCUGGUGAUGGAGUAUUGCAAUGGUGGAGACCUGGCAGAUUAUUUGCAAGCUAAAGGAACUCUGAGUGAAGAUACUAUCAGAGUGUUUCUCCAUCAGAUUGCGGCAGCCAUGCGAAUCCUGCACAGCAAAGGGAUAAUCCACAGGGAUCUCAAACCACAGAAUAUCCUGUUGUCUUAUGCCAAUCGAAGGAAGUCGAAUGUCAGUGGUAUUCGUAUUAAAAUAGCUGAUUUUGGUUUCGCACGGUACCUACAUAGUAACACAAUGGCAGCGACACUGUGUGGAUCCCCAAUGUACAUGGCUCCCGAGGUUAUUAUGUCUCAACAUUAUGAUGCUAAGGCAGAUUUAUGGAGCAUAGGAACAGUGAUCUAUCAAUGCCUAGUUGGAAAACCACCUUUUCAGGCUAAUAGUCCUCAGGACCUAAGGAUGUUUUAUGAAAAAAACAGGAGCUUAAUGCCUAGUAUUCCCAGAGAAACAUCACCUUACUUGGCUAAUCUCCUUUUGGGUUUGCUUCAGAGAAAUCAAAAGGAUAGAAUGGACUUUGAAGCAUUUUUCAGCCAUCCUUUCCUUGAGCAAGUUCCAGUUAAAAAAUCUUGCCCAGUCCCAGUGCCUGUGUAUUCUGGCCCUGUCCCUGGAAGCUCCUGCAGCAGCUCACCAUCUUGUCGCUUUGCUUCUCCACCAUCCCUUCCAGAUAUGCAGCAUAUUCAGGAAGAAAACUUAUCCUCCCCACCGUUGGGUCCUCCCAACUAUCUACAGGUGUCCAAAGACUCUGCGAGUAAUAGUAGCAAGAACUCUUCUUGUGACACGGAUGACUUUGUUUUGGUUCCACACAACAUCUCGUCAGACCACUCAUAUGACAUGCCAAUGGGGACUACGGCCAGACGUGCUUCAAAUGAAUUCUUUAUGUGUGGAGGGCAGUGUCAACCUACUGUGUCACCUCACAGCGAAACAGCCCCAAUUCCAGUUCCUACUCAAGUAAGGAAUUAUCAGCGCAUAGAACAGAAUCUUAUAUCCACUGCCAGCUCUGGCACAAACCCACAUGGUUCUCCAAGAUCUGCAGUAGUACGAAGGUCUAAUACCAGCCCCAUGGGCUUCCUCCGGGUUGGGUCCUGCUCCCCUGUACCAGGAGACACAGUGCAGACAGGAGGACGAAGACUCUCUACUGGCUCUUCCAGGCCUUACUCACCAUCCCCUUUGGUUGGUACCAUUCCUGAACAGUUUAGUCAGUGCUGCUGUGGACAUCCUCAGGGCCAUGAAGCCAGGAGUAGGCACUCCUCAGGUUCUCCAGUGCCACAGACCCAGGCACCACAGUCACUCUUACUGGGUGCUAGACUGCAGAGUGCACCCACCCUCACCGAUAUCUAUCAGAACAAGCAGAAGCUCAGAAAGCAGCACUCUGACCCUGUGUGUCCGUCCCAUGCUGGAGCUGGGUAUAGUUACUCACCUCAGCCUAGUCGGCCUGGCAGCCUUGGGACCUCUCCCACCAAGCACACGGGGUCCUCUCCACGGAAUUCUGACUGGUUCUUUAAAACUCCUUUACCAACAAUCAUUGGCUCUCCUACUAAGACUACAGCUCCUUUCAAAAUCCCUAAAACACAAGCAUCUUCUAACCUGUUAGCCUUGGUUACUCGUCAUGGGCCUGCUGAAAGCCAGUCCAAAGAUGGGAAUGACCCUCGUGAGUGUUCCCACUGCCUCUCAGUACAAGGAAGCGAGAGGCAUCGAUCUGAGCAGCAGCAGAGCAAGGCAGUGUUUGGCAGAUCUGUCAGUACUGGGAAGUUAUCAGAACAACAAGUAAAGGCACCUUUAGGUGGACACCAGGGCAGCACGGAUAGUUUAAACACAGAACGACCAAUGGAUGUAGCUCCUGCAGGAGCCUGUGGUGUUAUGCUGGCAUUGCCAGCAGGAACAGCAGCAAGCGCCAGAGCUGUCCUCUUCACCGUGGGGUCUCCUCCACACAGUGCCACAGCCCCCACUUGUACUCAUAUGGUCCUUCGAACAAGAACCACCUCAGUGGGGUCCAGCAGCUCAGGAGGUUCCUUGUGUUCUGCAAGUGGCCGAGUAUGUGUGGGCUCCCCUCCUGGACCAGGGUUGGGCUCUUCCCCACCAGGAGCAGAGGGAGCUCCCAGCCUAAGAUACGUGCCUUAUGGUGCUUCACCACCCAGCCUAGAGGGUCUCAUCACCUUUGAAGCCCCUGAACUACCAGAGGAGACACUGAUGGAGCGAGAGCACACAGACACCUUACGCCAUCUGAACAUGAUGUUAAUGUUUACUGAGUGUGUGCUGGACCUGACGGCAGUGAGGGGUGGGAACCCUGAGCUGUGCACAUCUGCUGUGUCCUUGUACCAGAUUCAGGAGAGUGUAGUUGUGGACCAGAUCAGCCAGCUAAGCAAAGAUUGGGGGCGGGUGGAGCAGCUGGUGUUGUACAUGAAGGCAGCACAGCUGCUGGCGGCUUCCCUGCAUCUCGCCAAAGCUCAGGUCAAGUCUGGGAAGCUGAGCCCAUCCAUGGCUGUGAAACAAGUUGUUAAAAAUCUGAAUGAAAGAUACAAAUUCUGCAUCACCAUGUGCAAGAAACUUACAGAAAAGCUGAAUCGCUUCUUCUCCGAUAAACAGAGAUUUAUUGAUGAAAUCAACAGUGUGACUGCAGAGAAACUCAUCUAUAAUUGUGCUGUGGAAAUGGUUCAAUCUGCAGCCCUGGAUGAGAUGUUUCAGCAGACUGAAGACAUCGUUUAUCGCUACCACAAGGCAGCCCUUCUUUUGGAAGGCUUAAGUAAGAUCCUGCAGGACCCUACAGAUGUUGAAAAUGUGCAUAAGUCAUUAAGCUCCUGGUCAUAUCUGAACUGUUGCUGGAAAGAGGAAAGAAAGUGUAUUCAUUGUGUUCAUCUUGGGGCCAAGAUAGAGCAGGAACCAUGGUGAUAAAUGUAGUAUUGAAAGAAGAUUGUCAGCACUCUGCUGUAGCACUGCAACUGUGUGAGUAGCAGGCUUGUCUGUGGACUGGCAUGGAACAGGAGGUGAUACAUUUGGGAUUACAUCUUGGUUCUGUCACCCAUCCCAGGACAGUGUGGUGACUACCAAAGAACAAGCAGCAGCUUAAGAAGGAAGAACAAUACAAAACUACUACAUAUUGUAGAAAACCUGCCUUAUUGGAGAAGUCACUCCCCCUUUCCUUUCUCUUCAUAGAAGCAGAACAAAAAGUUUUCCACAUGGCUCAAGUUAUUUGAACCUGGCAAAUAAUAAAUGUACCUUAGAACUAGCAUCAUAAGUACAGUUAUUCUUGUGGAUAAUUAAACAGGAAACAAAGUGAGUGGCUUCAUUCAGCUCUCUGAGCAAUACAUGAAAUUCCGUGUUUUGCUAAAGCAUACACAAGCAAAAGCGUAUACAGCUCGUCCAGACGAUCUGAGGUUUGGGGUAAGUUUGUCUGAAUCUGAGCCUGCAUCUUUAAACAGCUCAGGAGGAGGAAUCUUAAGAAGAAACAAAAGGUGACUCUUGGAUGAAUUGUGAAAUCUUCAACUUGAUCUAAUGUGGACAUGAUUUUAAUCUUCCAAAAAUCUUUCAUAUUGCACUAAUUUAUUAAAAUAACUGUGUAUUGGAUUUUGCAAUUUAAAACUAACUGAGGCACAAUGGACUUGUUUAAAUAUUUUACUUGAUUAUAUACAUGUCCUUUUCAGAAUUCAUGUGUAAUCUCCACUGAACUUUUAAAUGGUUGGAAAUUGCGUUCAUGUGAACCUUUGCAUUUUUCUCACCUGUUAUCUUCACCAACAGAUCUUAGUGGAAUUUUGAGUUGCUGGUUGUUUGCAUUUUUUGUUGUGCAUGCAGAAUGUGCAUCGACUCCUGUGAUCUUAGGUUUACUAAAGGCUAAGUUUAUUUGGGCAGUAUUAGAAAGCUAUCAUGAAUCAAGAAAUACUCUUGAGAAUUUUAAUAGGGCCAAAUCAAAGUGAUGAAUAAUGGCUUGUUAGUGAUGUGGAGUUUCUACAUGAAAUUAGUAAGAAAUGAGGUUCGUUUUCCCUUAGGAAAUGGGCAGCUCUCUCCAGACUAAUGUGUACUUCUCAGUGUUAACCCUGAGUUCACCAUAGCUAGUCAUGGCAGAUCAGCACCUCUCCAAGAAUGGUUCCUGUGUUGUAUAUUAUUUGGUAUCUUUUACUUACCUGCUUGAAUACUUGAAUAAACCAUUCACCGGUUUUAAUCCUUUUACUUCAAAACUUACACAUACUGACCUACUCUCUGAUAGCUGCACAGAAACUCUUUGGCGCCACACUUGCUUUAGUGUGCUGAUUAAAGUUAACAGAGAAAACAUGGUUUUCAUUUACUUGGUGAACAAAGUAAUGUAAUUUUUACAUUAUUUAUCUGUAUGAAAUUCCAGCAGUUAAUUUGAACGUUUAUGUAUAGGAUGUUUGUAUUCUUAGGUCUUUACUACAGUGUUUCUACCUCUCAUUUGUAACUGCAUUAUCUUCAAAAUAGGUAAAACCCACUAAGUCAUUGUGGAAUAGCCUUUUUUAAAUUGCUUGUACAAAUGUAUAUUAAGGUUAAAUAAAACUGACAGUGUUUUUAGGUUAUAGUUGGGUUAAUAUGAAGGCUUGUCAAGCCAGAUGCUUCCUUAGAGAGUGGGUUGGAAACUUGGCCAUCAAUAUUCUUUGCCCUGCUCCAGGAUUCAAAACUCUUGGAAGCUGUCAUGCAGGCUCCUACAGACAAGACUAUAUCCCUCCUUAUAUUAGUGGUAAAAUGCCUUCUGUAAUUUUUACACUAAAUUCUUUCAUGUUCUCCCAAUUACCCCGUUUAUCUCAGUUGAUUUUCCAAGUAACUAGAUGUAGUUGGCCUCCUCUUCUACCACUUUUUAAAAAUAUAAUAUGAACAAGUUUGGAGAGGGUAAGGUUGGUGUGAAGACAGGAAGUAGGCAAGUGUUGAAACUGCACUGUGACUCUCAAGCUCUUCUUGUAUGACAAAGGUCUUGUAGGUGGUGUGUAUAAAGCAGUGAUGUCUCAGCAGUGGAGAACAGCUGUAAACUUAGUGAGUAACGGUUCUGAUAUACUACCAUUAUCAAGGCUAAUUGUUUAAAGAAAAGUUUGCCUUGAUUAUAGCAAUAAUAAAUAAAUGCUUUAUGUUUCUGUA